AGAUCUCAAAUGAUCAUGUCGGCAAUCAAUCAAUUCUAGUACGCUAGAAAACUAAUCUAAUACUAGAAAGCAAACUGUACGUUACUAUAAGCUAAGAAUGCACAUCUCGAAGAUGGACGAAAACAUAGUAUUCAAGGAGGAAGAUCUCCCCUACGAAGAGGAAAUCCUGCGCAACCCGUACUCGGUGAAGUGCUGGCUGCGCUACGUCGAGCACAAGAAGGAGGGUCCAAAGGUGAACCUUAUCUACGAGCGCGCGCUCAAGGAGCUCCCCGGCAGCUACAAGCUCUGGUACAACUACUUGCGGCUGCGUCGGCAGCAGCUGAAGGGGCGCUGCAUCACCGACCCGCGCUACGAGGACGUGAACAACACGUUCGAGCGCGCGCUCGUCUUCAUGCACAAGAUGCCGCGCAUCUGGGUCGACUACUGCGCGCUGCUCACCGCGCAGCAGAAGAUCACGCGCACACGCAAGGUGUUCGAUCGCGCCCUGCGCGCGCUGCCCAUCAGCCAGCACGGGCGCGUGUGGCCGCUCUACCUGCGGCUCGUGCGCUCGCACGGCGUCCCCGAGACGGCCGUCCGCGUCUACCGGCGCCACCUGAAGCUGAGCCCCGAGAAUGCGGAGGAGUACAUCGAGUACCUUGUCGGCAUCGGGCGCCUCGACGAGGCGGCCGUGCGUCUCGCGCGCGUCGUCAACAACGAGGCGUUCGUCUCGCGCGCGGGCAAGUCGAACCACCAGCUGUGGCAGGAGCUGUGCGACCUGAUCUGCAAGAACCCAGACAAGGUGAAGUCGCUCAAGGUGGAGGCGAUCAUCCGGCAGGGCUUGCGCCGCUUCUCCGACCAAGUCGGCCGGCUCUGGUGCUCGCUGUCCGACUACUACAUCCGCAGCGGGCACUUUGAGAAGGCUCGCGACGUCUUCGAAGAGGCGGUGCAGACCGUCAUGACCGUGCGCGACUUCACGCAGGUCUUCGACGCCUACGCGCAGUUUGAGGAGAGCGUCAUCUCGGCGCGCAUGGAGGCGACAAGCGACGCGGCGGCAGACGACGAGGAGGAGGAGCUGGAGCUCGAGGUGCUCAUGGCGCGCUUCGAGGACCUGAUGGACCGGCGGCCGCUGCUGCUCAACAGCGUGCUGCUGCGCCAGAACCCGCACAGCGUGCACGAGUGGCACAAGCGCGUGAAGCUGUUCGACGGGCGGCCGCGCGAGACCGUCGGCACGUACACGGAGGCCGUGAGUACCGUCGACCCGAAGCUGGCGACGGGCAAGCUGCACACGCUCUGGGUCGAGUUCGCAAAGUUCUACGAGGCGAACGCGCAGGUGGACGACGCGCGCGCCAUCUUCCGGCGCGCCGCCGACGUGCCGUACCGCAAGGUGGACGAGCUCGCCGCCGUCUGGUGCGAGUUCGCCGAGAUGGAGAUCCGGCAGGAGAACUACGACGAGGCGCUGCGGCUGAUGACGCGCGCGACGGCCGCGCCAGCGCGCCGCGCCGCCUACCACGACGACUCGGAGACGGUGCAGGCGCGGCUCUACCGCUCGCUCAAGCUCUGGUCGAUGUACGCCGACCUCGAGGAGAGCUUCGGCACGUUCAAGUCGUGCAAGGCCGUCUACGACCGCAUCGUCGACCUGAAGAUCGCGACGCCACAGAUCAUCAUGAACUACGCGCUGUUCCUCGAGGAGCACGACUACUUCGAGGAGGCAUUCAAGGCGUACGAGAAGGGCAUCGCGCUCUUCAAGUGGCCGUACGUGUUCGACAUCUGGAACACGUACCUCGCGAAGUUCAUCGAGCGAUACGGCGGCCGUAAGCUCGAGCGCGUUCGCGAUCUCUUCGAGCAGUGCCUCGACGGCUGCCCGCCGAAGUUCGCGAAGAGCCUCUACCUGCUCUACGCGAAGCUGGAGGAGGAGUACGGGCUCGCGCGCCACGCGAUGGCCAUCUACGAUCGCGCGUCGCGCGCCGUGCUGCCGCUGGAGCAGUACGAGAUGUUCAACAUCUACAUCAAGAAGGCGGCGGAGCUGUACGGCGUCACGCACACGCGCGAGAUCUACGAGAAGGCCGUGGACGUGCUAUCCGACGAACCGGCGAGGGAGAUGUGCCUCAGGUUCGCUGACUUGGAGUGCAAGCUGGGAGAGAUCGACCGGGCGCGAUCGAUCUACUCGCACGCGUCACAGAUCUGCGACCCGCGCGUCGCUCCCAAGUUUUGGCAGACGUGGAAGGAGUUUGAGGUUCGGCACGGCAACGAGGACACUGUGCGCGAGAUGCUGCGCAUCAAACGCAGCGUGCAGGCCGUCUACAACACGCAGGUGAACUUCAUGUCGGCGCAGAUGCUGGCUGCCUCCGGCUCGCAGGCGACGGUCGCCGACCUGUCUAUAGGGGGCGGCGUCGGACAGGACAUGAACGACAUGCGCAUGCUGGAGCAGAGGGCUGCGACGCUGGCCGCCGAGUCACUGAAGGACCAGCCGAAGAAACCAGAUAAGGGCAUAAUGUUUGUCAGGGGCGAGCGCGCUGCCGAGGAGGAGAUGGUCGAGGCGGUGAAGCAUGCGAAUCCGGACGAGAUCCAACUGGACGAGGAGUUUGAGAGCGACGAGGAGGAGACCGUGAAGGAGGUGGAGGUUCCCAGCGCCGUGUUCGGCGAGCUGCGCAAGGAGGAGAACGACGGGGAAGAGGGGGAAGGGGACGCCGGUCAGGAUAACUGAGAACGACGGGUGUGAUGUCUCUGCACCGGUGCCUGGCUGAUAACUUGCCUGCUGCAGCAUCGCUGUGUGCGAUGCAGACGUCAACGAGACCAUAUCCAUGUGUGGUACAACAAUCGACGAUAUUUACACUCGUCUGGUCGUGUUUAGCUUUAGUUAUGAGACGAUAUAUGGUACUUGGGGGCGUAUUUACUCUUAUUUUUUCCAAUGAUGCACGUGUACAAGGGUAUAGAUUUUGUUUCUCUUAAUCUGUGACGUUAACCCUGUAUAUCAUUUAUGAAUGAACACUUGCAGGAAGACAACCUCAGAAUUUGUAUGCAUCAAUAUCAGUGUAACGUUUCAUCAUGAGCAUUACAAUAGAUUGUCUAAUAGUGAUUUCCAACGUUUUGAACGCAAUGUCAUAUAUAGUGCCAUCAAUAAUAAUAUUAUGACUUACCCUAAUAUAAGAACAUAGAGGUAAUCGGAGUGUGAUUUUAAAUAUCAUAAAAUUAUAAGGCAUUGCGCAGUGAAUGAGGAAUAUAGAUUUGACGGUGAGGUUAUGAUCUUACGUACGACAGUGUUUAUUAUAGUAGUAUAUUAUAUUACUGUAGUGUUGUGUGUUAUCCAAACGUGAUGCAUUGCUCUAAAUGUGAAAGAUUUGUAAAGAAAAAAACAUUUUGUACUUAGUUACUAGAAUUUCUUAUUGUAUAACACGCAACCAAGUUGGUGGAAAAUUCUAAACGUUUUCUUUCAAUUCUAAAAACGAGUUAUUAAAUGUGGUACAUUCAGUUAUGCAUAUAUUGCUCUCUAUAUUGUGAUGUCACGGAUGAGAGUUGUCUUGCUUAACCCUGCACAGCUGUCCAAGAAAUUUCAACUAGUUAUCAAUAAAUUGAACAAAAGCAACUAAAAA